UCGACAUUCAACUCCCGGUUCCAUUCUUUGCUCCAUCCGAACUUUGUGAAUGGCUCAAAUCUUAUGAAUGGGUCAAAAAGGGUGUUUGCCCUUCCAGUUUUCAGCCGUCGACAUUCAUCAGAAAUCAUGACCAUCUUGUCUCUGUGAACCAGCUAUUCUUCUCCCUUGUCUCGUUCGGUCUCCUUUCGGGGUUUGAGUCAACUCUAUAGUCGACUUUAUAAGAGUCAAAACUUUAUACAUCAUGUUGCUUCCGCAACGAUACGCUAAAAGCGUGGCCGCCAUCGUGGUCGUCGCCCUCUUUCUCCUGUUUUUAGUCGCUUUCCGCCUACAGUAUUCCUGGUCCGAUCCCAAGCUCACGCCGCUUCGACCUCCAGCCUACGCCGCUCCGAUCCCCGCCAACGAAUGCUGGCCGGAGCUCGAAUACCUUCGACAGAAGGAUUUGGAUUUGGGCACCAACGUGACAUGGUCGAGACGAUGCAUUCAGCCGAUGUUUGGAAAAUCGGACCGAGACGAGGUCAAGAAGCUGCCCGGAUCGUUGAUCACGCAGCAGUCGGUCCUCGACCUCGGGUCGUGUGCACAUGAAGAUAUCCCUCCGUGCGAAGUGCUCCCGCUGAACGUCCCACAUACCUAUCCCGAGAAGCAAUAUGCACAUAUCAUCUUCGGCGUGGCGUCCAAGUACGAACGGAUCCGGGAUUCCUUGCCCGCGACAGCGCAUUGGUUGGCUCUUUCCGGGGCGGAGUUGAUCGGCGUUGUUGUCGACGUCGACGCGAGCGAGACGGGCAAGUUGCGGGCGCUGGAAAAAGAAUACGCGGACUGGGACAUCAAGGCGAAGUUCACGGCGCCGACUCUGACCGAGUACAUUCCCAACAACAACGAUGAAGACCGGAGCACCGACCGCGACAUCCCCAUCGAGCACCAUCACUUCAUGAUGAUCCGCGAUAUGAUGAAAUACACGACCUCUCGAACCCAGUGGCUGGGCAUUCUCGACGACGACACCUUCUUCCCCUCUCUCUACCCUAUCGGCGAAGAACUCUCCAAGUACGACCACACCAAACCCUUCUGGCUCGGCGGCCUCUCCGAAGACUUCUUCCACGUGAAGGUCUGGGGUCUCAUGGCCUUCGGCGGCGCCGGCGUCUUCAUCUCCAUGCCGCUCGCCCGCAAGCUCGACCCCGUCCUCGAAACCUGCAUCGCCGACGCCUCCGUCGACACCGGCGACGGCAUCCUCCGCGACUGCAUCUACACCAAGACUAGCACCAAGCUGACCAUCAUCACCCGCCUCUACCAGCACGACAUGCUAGGCGACCUCUCCGGCUUCUUCGAAAGCGGCAUCCAACCCCUCAGCAUCCACCACUGGAAAUCCUGGUAUGACGAACCCGUCAUGGCCCAGGCCGCUGUGGCCGGCGUCUGCGGCGACUGCUAUCUGCAGCGCUGGCAGUUUGGCGAGAACACGCUCUUCGCCAACGGGUACAGCAUCACCCUCUACCCCGAGGGAUUGGAGAACAUCGACCUGACCCAUUGCGAGGGCACCUGGGCGUACCCCGCGCACGGGAUCAGCGGGCAUGAGUACGAUUUCAGCUUCGGGCCGCUGCGGCCGAAGUUAGAGGCGGACCAGAAGAAGAGCUAUCGGCUGAAGGACGCGGUGCGCAUGGCGAACGGGGUGUUGCGGCAGAUUUACGUGUAUAAGGGCGAUGUGGAGCGGGGGGAGAUGGAUGAGGUGGUGGAGCUGUUGUGGGAGCCGGGGAGGGAGGGGACGGCGUCGGGUUGA